GUUGAGUGUGUGCCGGGGUGGGGGUGAGGGAGAGCCGCACCAACCGCGCGGCUGUGAGCAAGGGGGCGGGGGGUGAGUGGGUGAGGGCGUCGGGCCUGGCUGCUGGAGCCGCGGCGGCGGCGGCGGCGGCGGCGGAGAAAGGAGGCGGCUCCCGGCAUCCCGACCCCCCUUCCCUUGCCCUCCUUCCCGGACUUCCAGCCCGCCUGGCCGCCGGCGCUGCCCUCUGAGGCCCCCAGCCCCCGCCGGCCAAGAGCGAGGGAGGAGCCGCCCGAGCCAGGAGGAGUCUAUAUUCAGGACGAAGUAAUCCCAGGAAAGGAAGAACAGCAGAUCAAGAUGUGUAGCUCUGUGGCUGCCAAGUUGUGGUUCUUGACAGAUCGUCGAAUCAGGGAAGACUAUCCCCAGAAAGAGAUCUUACGAGCGUUAAAGGCUAAAUGUUGUGAGGAGGAAUUGGACUUUAGGGCUGUGGUGAUGGAUGAGUUGGUGCUAACAGUUGAACAAGGAAACCUGGGUCUGCGUAUCAGUGGAGAACUAAUCACUGCCUACCCGCAGGUGGUGGUAGUGAGAGUACCAACCCCUUGGGUGCAGAGUGACAGUGACAUCACUGUUUUGCGGCAUCUAGAGAAGAUGGGAUGCAGGCUGAUGAACCGACCUCAAGCCAUCCUGAACUGUGUUAAUAAGUUCUGGACGUUUCAAGAGUUGGCAGGUCAUGGUGUUCCUCUGCCAGAUACUUUUUCUUAUGGUGGUCAUGAAAAUUUUGCUAAAAUGAUUGAUGAAGCAGAAGUACUGGAGUUCCCAAUGGUAGUGAAGAAUACACGUGGUCAUAGAGGCAAAGCGGUUUUCUUGGCUCGAGAUAAGCACCAUUUGGCUGAUCUAAGUCACCUUAUUCGCCAUGAAGCUCCAUACCUGUUCCAGAAGUAUGUUAAAGAGUCUCAUGGAAGGGAUGUACGUGUCAUUGUCGUGGGAGGCCGUGUGGUUGGCACCAUGUUACGCUGUUCUACAGAUGGGAGGAUGCAAAGCAACUGCUCACUAGGUGGUGUCGGGAUGAUGUGCUCAUUGAGUGAACAAGGGAAGCAGCUAGCUAUCCAGGUGUCUAAUAUCCUAGGAAUGGAUGUGUGUGGCAUUGACCUGUUGAUGAAAGACGACGGCUCCUUCUGUGUCUGCGAGGCCAAUGCAAAUGUAGGUUUCAUCGCCUUUGAUAAGGCUUGUAAUCUAGAUGUAGCUGGUAUCAUUGCGGACUAUGCCGCCUCCCUUCUGCCCUCUGGCCGGCUCACCCGGCGUAUGUCCCUGCUCUCCGUGGUGUCCACGGCCAGUGAGACUAGUGAGCCGGAGCUGGGUCCCCCAGCCAACACUGCUGUCGACAACAUGAGCGCAAGUUCCAGCUCUGUUGACAGCGACCCUGAAACCACCGAGCGAGAGCUGCUCACCAAGCUCCCAGGGGGCCUAUUCAACAUGAACCAACUGCUAGCCAAUGAAAUCAAACUCCUGGUGGAGUGAUUCCACCGGUAAAUAAUUAACCAACAAAACCCUUGUAAAACUUUCUUUUUCUUCUUUCCUUUUUUUCUUUCUUUUUUCUUUCUUUUUUAAACCAACUUGCAAUGCUGUUCAUGAAAAAUGCUCAGGAAGAUGAGUAGGAGUAGUUAGGAGGGAAAAAGUGGGAGAUAGACAUGAUCUCUGCUAUUAAGAUGUUACUUUUAUUUACAAAUGCUACAGAUAGAGAGGCAGAAGAGGUGAGACACAGAAAAAUGUCAGGCUCUUGUAGUUACUCUUAUAAGUUACUCAGAAAUGUGUAGGCUCUCAGGCCAUGAAGAUCAUAAUUUUUUUCAUGGCCCUUUUUGUUUUUGUACAGUUGGUACAAAUUUCACAGGAGUGUAAUUUCAUAUUGUGUUUUAAUGGAUGAGGUAAACAUCCACCUAAAUUAUAAUUUUUUCUUUUUUAAAAAUCUGAAAAUUCAGCCUAUACACUAUUAACUAGCAGCUUUAUCUUCAUAUUUACGAAAUUCUAAGGGACUCUCUUAGCGACUUUUUUCAACCCUUGAUAUGGGUGGGAGGGCAAUGUGAGUGUGUCCCAAUAAAAAUUUCCUUUAAUGACAAAAUUGGCAUGUUUGCAUGAUAAAAGGGAAAUGAACAGUAUUGCAAUGUCUGGCACACAAAAUAACAUUUACUCCAUUGUAGAUAAAAUUGCACUAGUUAAAAAUAUGUGCAUUGACUUGUAUUUGUUAGUGUUUUAGCCUUUUUUGAAAGACAUAUGCUCUGUUAAUGUUGCAUUUUUUUUAAUACAUGCUAGUCUUAACAUUCCCUGAUCUAUGCCUGCAUCUUUAACAAUGGCCAAAGUGAAGAAAAUGCUACCUUUUUUGUUAACAAGACACUGACUUGAAACAUGUGCAUUUAAGCCUUUUAUUUUUUCCUUUUUUCUUUUGGUGGUUGGGCAUUUAAAGAAUAAGGACAAGGUAAAAUAUUUUGGGGGGGCAAAUCAAGGGCCUAUAAGUUCCUGAGUAUAAAAUUGAAGUGAUUCCAUCAUUAUUUAUUUGCAUUUUUCACAUUUUAAGAGGGUGUUGUGUGUGUGUGCAUGUGUGUGCAUGUGCUUGCACACGCAUGCAUGUUUAUGUGUUUGCUUUUUGUUUACACCAACCAUCAAAAAGGAUAGAAACUAGAAAAUGGAGCAUGAUGGGAAACACAGUUUUUUACUUAAAAAAAAAAAAACAGUCAAGUUGUUUUCAUAACUGUACUCUGCUGGGUAGAGGUACUCACCUGAAGAUAUGAGGAGAAUAGAUGCUUUUUAGGCUUUUGUGUAUAUGUGUGUUGUUUGCUUUUUUACUUUGAUUCUAGACUGUCCAGUGUAUGAUUUAUUCAAGGCUACAUGCUUUCCCUCUGCUUCUUGCUGUGCAUUUUUUCCUAUUACACAUAGAUUUUGCGGUGGGGUAGACUGAACAUUUUUUGUUUGGGGACUUAGCAGUCUCUUAUAGCCCUACUCUGAAGCCUUCAAUAUUCUCUUUAUAUUUCUUUAUUUCUGAAUUCAUAAAAGCCCUCAAACUGCAUAUAAUAUGAGCCUUUAAGCAUGGGAAACUAUUCCAACGAAUGGUUUGGAAGGUGUGUUAAGAAGUAGAGAUGAUCCAGAGUUCAACGUAAUUUUUUUAAACAGCAAGUUCCAUCUCCCUACAAUCCUCUGAAGCUUUUUACCCAAGUCCUUUCUUGCCUCUCCAGUGCUUUUUUUCCUUCAGAUGGACCUUAAACAUAAUUUCUUGGACACUUACUAGAGAGACUUCGAGGCAAUAAGAUCAGUAUUAACCAGUUCUAACAGAGGUUUGAUCAUGCUUACUUGUACAGUUUUUCCCCAUUUUAAAAAAAAAAGGAAUGUAAUAAAAUUUGUUUUCUUUUCCAUAGAAUUAAAUAAUAUUAAAAUGGAGUGAAAGGUUGAUUGUUGACAAAUAGAAUAGUACCUCUAAUCUGUGCAGUGUCUCAUUUCACCUUAGAAAAAGGUGUAUAAGAGGAGUUUCUGGUUUACUUUAGGAUAUUCUAAUCUCAUCUAAAAAAUUUUGACUUGUACGAGGUUAUCGUGGGACAUACUGUGGCAUAUAUAAGUACCUCUGGCUCACUUGGUACUUGUUUUACUGAAUGACCGUACUUUGGAAGAUGCACACUAUUUGGGAUAGAGAACUGAAAAGGGAGAACUUUAAUUAAAUCAUCAUUCAUAUGUGUAUAGAGACCAUCUGGUUGCCACAUAGAUUAUGACACAUACACUUGGAAUAGUUACAUACCACAUGUAUAUAGGUCAGUGAAUUUUAAAACGCAAGUAGAACAGCCUCUCUAUUUGAUGAAAAACUCAAGGUUUCUGUUGGAUGGGAUAAGGCACCAGGAAGGAUAUAGGUGUAGCCUUGUAAAAAAUUAUCUAAUUGACCAACUACAUUAGAAAAAGUAUCUGAGAUUAUUUCACUGUUACUUUUGCUCACUAUCCAUCUUUUGUGCAUUCACACUCUUAUUAAAACAUAGCCUUACCAACCUACUUCUAGAUCAUACACUCAUAUGUUAGAAUGAGAAGGGCAAGGAUGGUCAUCUUAGAGUUAAAGAACACAAAUAUCCUUUUGAAUUCUCUCAAAAAAGUAAAGACUAUGAACAAACCAUACUGGAAGAACCCAAAUAAACCAGCUCAGAUAUUUAAGUGAAAGUUAAGUAUAUUUUCAUAUUGUUUAGUAAAUUUCUUAAAAUCUUUAUUGCUAUUAUGAGAGUUAAAAAUGUGUAUUAACCAAAUAUGUAUAGUUGUUAUCAUGCAAAAAUCUGAAUUAUUGUAAAACUAUUAUAUAUUGUUAAAAUUGUAUUCUGAAUUGUAUUUAAACAUAAUUCUUUCUGAUAUUGCUUUUAUGUCACCCAUGAUGAAAAGCGGACUAUAUAUAUAUACACAAACAUACAGAUAUGAACUAUUCCAUUUAAAAGUUUUAAUAGUUAUUUUCUUUUGAUUGGUCAUUUCUGCUGGCUCUAACUCCACUGAACUUUGAAAUAUUUCUGUAUAUGCUAUCAAAUAAGAAAACAUCCUGGAAUAUUUAGGAAAAAAUCCAUUGAGAGACUUGUUUUCAUCAACCACUUUAUCAGACUUUUGAGAAGGUAUUGAAGACAUUGAAAGAAGUCAUUGACUUUCAUGAUCAUCUCUUCUUUUUCUCAAGAAGAAAACAAGGAAAAAGAAAUUCUCUUCCUUCAAUGAAUCCCCAGUUUGGGUUCUGGGGCGCUUAGAGACGUUGUGAAAUCCAAUCUUGUGUUACAUUUUUCUCCUGGCUCACUCACUCUUUUUGAGAAGGUUUAUGGGCUAUAUGGCUGGUGAGACACGAUCCCCUCCUAAGAAAAUGUAGGUGCUCAGACAGGUAACCUCUGCUGCUACUGUUUUUAUUUGUUUGUUUGUUUGUUUAAUUUCUUUUAAAAUUUGUUUUUGUUGUACUAGGAUAUUUUUUAAUGUAAUAUAUUGCAGGAUUUAUAACCAGGUACUGCUUCCUUUCUUUCUUUUUUUUUUUUUCUUAAAAAACAAAACAAAAACAAUUUCAUUUAAGAUACAUUUAGGCGCCUUUGAAGCUUGGAUUUUGGAAUGUUUCAGUAGUGGACAGAAAUCUGCUGUUGGAAUCUCCUAGUCUUCCAGGUUUAAUUUGAAAUGUUUUUAGUUUUGUUUUGGAUUUUUGUGUGGUAUUUUAUUUCCUUUAUACCAAUUGCCCUUUUGCCAUGCUGUUUUGGGGUGGCUGCCUAACUCUAGUGACAGCUCUUUCUACAUUAACGAAAAUGUGGUGUUUUAAAUUCCAUAAUGUUUUGCAUUUUAAAAAUUGUUUUUAAAGAAAUAUUCUAACUGCUUGCACUAUUACUGUUCUUUGCCAGCCUUUUCAGGAGCCAAAAAAACAAAAACAAACAAACAAAAAAAUACCCAGAGAAAAAACUUUCCUUCUUCCCCCUUCCUGAUGAUGAGUGAGAAGUAUUGAGAACUUUCGGGGUCAGUGCCCUUCUAAACUCCCCUUCCCCCAAUAAUGCAGCUGUAGAGUGAAUGGUAAAUGCAGCGGUUUGGAUUCAGGCACAACCCCAGCCUGCUGGCAGGUAAUUUGAUUCUCCUUUUUUUUUUCCAUCACAAGGCUAACCUUACUUUCUUUUUAAAAGUUCCUUUCUUUAUGUACUUUGAAGCACCCAUGGGUUUGUAAUUAUUUUUGUUUCAAAAAACAAUGUGUAAAUUCAUCUAGCAAAUAAUUUGGUUAUAGAAAAACCUUUGGGGGUAAAGUUUGAAUUAGUUGGGAUGAACUCAGAACUUUCUUGGGGGAUUUGCUUUAGCCAUUUAGAUCUUUCCAUUUCUUGCAUAUAUGUCUAUGAUUAUUUCAGAGUGUGACUUUUUUGGCUUUGUUUUUGUUUUGGGUUUGUAUGUUUCUUCCAUUGUGCUACUCUGGCUUAAGCUUUUUCAGAGGUUGGUGUUCCGAAUACACAGUGAGCUCACAGUAUAAAGACAUCAAUUAGGAGUUGACAGGUAUGGAAAACUAGAGUUUUGAAAAGGUAAAAUUAGGUUCUAGGUUAUAUAUAUGGUAAAAACUCAUCAUAGCCUUCAGUUGACCGUAGUAGUGCUUCUCUUUCUCUGACUUCAUUAUAAAAGUGAAAGGUAAUGAAACCAAGAUAACAGCGAGUAUUUAUUUCAGGAGCAGCAUGAUUUCAGAACAAAUGAUUUUAGUGUUUCUGAAACACUAGUUCUCACAAAGAGGUAGAUGUCAGCAGAUGUCAUAAAGUAAUAGUUUAAACAUUCAAACAGUUAUAGGUUGAAUAGAUUGGAGGGCACUUCUGAAGCACAGGAUCUUGAAGCAAUUUAUUAAUUCCAUGAAGCAAAGUUAGUGGCAGAAAUAGGAAUAUAACUUAGCCAUUUUAACAGCCUUCCCAUUAGUUAAUAUACUAUCCCCUCCUCUGUCUAUCCCAGUCCACCUACCCUUUUCCUUUUUCCUGUCCUUCCUGAAGUUUUAGCUCUAAUAGGAGUUUUGGGAGAUAAUCCUCUUUCUAAUAGGUAGGAUUUUAGUGGCAGAAGUCAGGACCUUUCAAAACUUCUCUUUGGAUGUCCUAUUCAAGCAGGCUGUAAAUCUGAUAACCCUCCAGGUUAGUGAAUAGGGAAUCCUGGCUUGUAAUGUGGUUUCUACUGCUAAAGGCAUAUAAGAAGUUACUAACUUGUUUUGUGCUUCAGUUCACUCCUGUGAGGUAGGGAUAAUCAUUCCCGUAGCAUCUUAAGAUUUAAAAUAUUUAUCUCUUGAACUGAAAUUUACUAACCGAGGAAUCCCACUGCACUCUUGCAGUAAUUUAUGAUGUAUACUAAAUAGGCUUGAAUGGAAGGACCUUGUUCUGUUGCUGAUAAGAAUGGCUAGCAUUAGGGUGUAUGCACUAUGUGAUUACUUGGAACGUGGAGGAUUUGUGAACCUCCAUUCCGCUGCCUUCCCCACUUCCCCCUCCCUGAAGAUCGCUCACAUGUUAAGAAUGAUUACUUUCAGAUUUCACCAUAUUCAAACUAUAUUAGAUGGUCCUUAUAUAGCGUAUUACCUGGCUGCUGUUGUGGGGUUCGGGAACAUGAGGGGUGGGGUGAAUUGUUGUUGUUUUAGGUUUCAGUCAGACAGCCAUCCCUGUGCCCCAGUUCCCAGAAGCACAGCAGGCCUCUAGAAGCAUCCGUGGGAACGGCGCAGUCCUGACAUCAGCAACUCUCCUGCUCAGGCUCAUCCCAUAUACAGAGGUCAAAGGGUGGGGCUUGAGAUGGGGGAAGGAAUGAAAAAGAAGAAACAAUGUCACUGCAGUGCCACUGUUGACCAGCCUUUCUUUAGUGCUUAUGUCAGUGUUUGCUUUAUUUUUUUUAAGUUAACCAAAAAAGAUUUUACUUGGGAGUAAAGGUAGUGGGAGGGUGGAACAAAAACAUGUCAUUUUUACUAGUUCAUUAUUAUCACUAGCUCAUUCUUGCAUAUUGUUCUUUAGUAGCUAAUAAAGAAUAAAUGAAACCGAGACCUCAGUAAUAAGGGGAAUCUGAAUACAAGUGAAUCUCAGGAUACUAAAAAAGAGAAAAAGCGUUUUUGUGGUAUUAAUUUCCAGUUCUACAACAGUUAUUACAUUUGUCACCGUGUCUCCCUUUUUUUGCCCUAAUUCUUCUAUGUAUGUUUAGAGUAUGAGAAAAUGUGCCUUUUUUUUUUUUUUCCGGUGGUUAGUCCUUUUAAAAGGACCUAAUGAAGUUACUCUUUUGCAAAAAAAAAAAUACACCCAUUGCUUAUAUGGGCAUACAAAUGCUACCCUAUUUUAAAUGUAGGUGGCGUAUGUGUUCGUGUUUUAAUGUAUUCAGAGCCAUUGGGCAAUAAGCAGUCCAGAACAUUGAAAACUCAAGCAGGUAAAGCACCUAACACCCUUAGUUUCUAGAAUUACUUUAAAAUACUCCUUUAUUGCUGCAUCUUCCACGAGUCUUUUGGUAGUCUCUGAACUUAAAAUUUGCAGGAGUUGUAGACUACCUAGUUAAAAUGUUAAGUUAUGCAUUUAUUGUUUGUAGGGACAGGUGAAGAAGAAAAUUGUUAACAGACAAGAAAUGGCUCCUUGAUGGCAACUGCUGAGUGUCUGAAUCUCUCCCCCUCCCCCUCCCCCAGCUUAGCAUGAACAUUGAUCAUACCUGUUUUGAUUUUCUGUGAUUGGGAUUUUUGUUGUUUUAACUUUUGGUGGGGAGGUUUCAGGGAAACAGGAAGUUCAUGCACAUGUGAAAAUAUGAAAUAUUAAACAAAGGAAGCUUUCUAUUUAAUGUGACUAGUAAGCGAGAACCUUUUCUAUAUACUCUUCUGCUGCAGCAGAGAAAUAAACUGGUAGGUGGCAGCAGAAGAAAGAAUUCUUCAGAUUGAUGGCUACUAGCAGUCUGCAUAGGAGAAGAGAGAGAACGUGACAUACCAUGUCCAGCAACAGGGCAGAAAUGGAAACAGGACUGCAAUUGCUGAUCUUGACUCUAAAAUGGUUCUUUUCAUCUCACAGAAUGGAUGAAGAUUGAUCUUGACUGGAUGCUUUUUCAAAUGGAGGAUAGAAGUAACACAAAACAAGGCAACAGUAGCUCUCCAGUGUUUAGUUCAAUGUGCUUUCUUUCUAAAAUAAAAACACCAGAACUGGGAAUGAAACAGCAUGGGGUGUGAUUCAUUCUUCUUUCAGUUAUCCCUGUCCACUACAUUUUGUGUGAAUUCACUUGAGUCCGUAUUUCUAGGCUUGUUCCCCAUGGGUCAUUCCUUGUUUCUUUUCUUCACUUUUUGCAAGCUGAAACUCCUUGGUUCUUGACAGACUGAUCUCUGUAUAAUAUAUUCUGAUAUGGUUAUUACUUUUGGCAAAAAGAUAGACACUAAAACAUGGAUUAUGUGGAAUUUCUCCUACCCCUUUCAUCUCCAUAUAUCUGUCCAUGCUGAAUAAUUGUUGCCAUGUUUUUGUCUCUGAAGAAGUGCAGCCUUUUUCCUGUCACUCCGACAGG